CGCCUUAUGUUUUCUAGUUUUAUGCGCUAUCCGGAUAAAUUCCCUUCCACUGUUGAAAAUCUAUGGUACAAAUAUUGAAAAUGCAUGAAAAACAUGGUUCAAGAAAUACUAUUCGUUUGUUUAGGUAAUAUUUGUCGAUCACCCAUUGCACAUGCUGUAUUUCAACACAUUGUAAAGGAAAAAGGUAUUGCAGACCAAUGGGUGAUAGACAGUGCAGCCGUUUCAGGACGGCAUAAUGGGAGUCCUCCUAACUCUAGAGCUAGACAAGUUUUAGAGAGUCAUAACAUGCAAUGCAAGAGAAGAGCUAGACAGAUUAAAGAUGAGGAUUUCAACAGAUUUGAUUACAUUUUUGGAAUGGAUGAACAUAAUAUCAGUAGUUUGAAAGAUCAAGCUCCUAGAGAUUGUAAAGCAAAGAUUUUAUUAUUGGGAGAUUUUGAUCCUGAAGGUGACAGAAUUAUACAAGACCCUUAUUUUGAAAAUGGAACAGAGGGAUUUGAAAAAUGUUAUCAACAAUGUAUGAGAUCUUGCACAGCAUUUUUGGAACAGUUGUAAUUGAGCAAAUCUAUAAUACUUUUUGAGAUUUUGAGUUUCAACUGGGCAUCAGUUAUGAUAUUCAAACAGCCUCAUAUAUAUUCUAUUAUUCAUGUAUUAUCAUAUAUUAUCUAUUUGAAUACUACUUCCAUUAUUGAUAAAAUAAUUCUUGAAGAUGUCUUGUUGAUAUAAUAGUGUAUUGAGUACUAUACCUAAAACUUCACCAUGGUCUCACUUUGGACUGUGUUGCAUGUGUUAAUAUCCAUGUAUUUUUUGGAUCUUUCACCAUAGACAUCUGCUUAUGUCUUCUAUGUGUCUUGCAAAGAACAAACAUCCUUUCUUCUCUUCUGACAAAAUAGCAAUCCUUACAUCUUCUUCGAACUCUACCCAUAACUUUGAAUCCACAGCUUGGAAUUAUCGUUGGUACCACAGGAGCCAACAGUGUAUUUUGGGGAAGGUUUGUGAAAUUUGGACUAGCCAAGAGAUGAAAUGAUGAAGAUAGAUGAUUGAAAGUAAUUCUAUUCGUGAAGUUCAAAAUGGUAUUUCUCAGAAUGGACACCAUCUUCUUGUACUGAAAAAGUAGUUAAAUAUUGGAUGAGGUUAUGUU